AUGGACCUGCAGACCACUAGCUCGCUGGUAAGGUGUCGAGUGUUCCCUGCGACCUUGGGAGACAUUCCGCGUGCUUGGCUCAGAAGCCUUCCAUCUCGCAGCAUUGGCAGUUGGGAAGAAUGCCAGCGGAGGUUCCUCGGUCAGUACAGGGCACUGAGGCGGCAGCUCGCUCCUCCGUGCCACCUCCCCACGGUCUUCCAAAGGUCGAGCAAGUCGCUCAAGGACUACAUCGCCAGGUUUCGGCGUGAGGUGAGUAACGUCGAAAGUCCCUCUGACGAAAGUAUCUUGACGGCCAUCUCGGCAGGCCUCCGGAAAGACAGGAAGCUCUAUGAGAGCAUCUACAAAUCCCCCGUUACAGAUCUGGGAGAGUUCUAUGAGCAAGCUGCAAAAGAGAUCCAGUGGGAAGAGGCAUUCGGUUCGAAGAAGCCCGCCGGAGAUAGGGAGGAAGUCAGAAGUUCUAGUCGAGACAGGAAAAGAAAUGACGGGGGGAAUGGAAGGGACAACCGUGAUGAGCGGUCCAACAAUCAGGUAGCCAAGCGAGCUCGAUGGGAAGAGCGAGAGGAGCGACCUCCAAGGCAGGGCUGUUUCAACAACUACGCGGCCCUAUCGGAUUCUCAAGAGAGGAUUUUCGCUAUGGAAAAGAGGAGAGAAGAUUUCGGGAGGCCGAACCCGAUAAAAACUCCUAAUAAGUUCAGAAACCAGGAGAAGUUUUGUACGUACCACAACGAGGUAGGGCACGACACCUCCAAAUGCUACGCCCUGAAAGAUGCAAUUGAAGAACUGAUUCGAAGGGGCCGGCUGUGA